GUCAACCUUCGUCUCCAAGUGACACAUACGUCGUUGUCGUCGGUUUUUGUUGUUUUUCGCUUAGCUGGUCAAACCUCCGUCUCGCAUUAUUGCCAAUGCCUGCCGAGUCGGACAGCAACGCGCCCAGCGCCAGUCACCCGCAGGCGACGCGCGUGACGUCCAUGCCACUCAUGCAGCGGCGGCAGUCGUACCAGCCGGCGUCAUUGUCCUCAGCGUCGUCGUCGGCGUCGUCGCUGCCUAAUCCGGCGUCGCUUCUUCCGACCGCCAGUCCGCCGUCUGCCGUCACGUCCAAUCCACUACCAUCUGCAAGUGCGACCUCGAUGCCAAUCCUGUCGCCAGCCGCAGCGCUCGCUCUUGCUACCCAGCAGCAGCAGCAGCAGCAGCAGCAGCAGCAUCCUGUGGCUGGUUCGCCGUCUCCACUCGGCAGCGGCGGCGCCAAGAAGACCCUCCGCCAGCGAGGCGCAGGGUCGCCGCUCGCCGGGUCGCCGCUGGCCCUGUAUGGUUCGACGGGAAACCUGUCACAGCAGCAGCAGGAUUCUCAGCGGCUCGGCUCGCCCGGGUCGUCCAGCACGACGAGCCUCCAGUCGCUGUCCAGCUCGUCGAGCAGCCUUGCAGGAAUAUCCUCCUCGGGCAUGCCUCCGUCCUCGCCGACGGCCGUGGCGCAGGCUGCUGCUGCUGCUGCGGGUGGGCGAGGCGCCAAUGCGAACGUGCUUCGGCGAUCGUUCGCUGGGCCGUCACUGUCGCUCAGCCACCAGCUGCAGGCGCUGUCAUUGAGCUCGCUCAGUCAAGUGGGCUUGCCGCGCACGCCAGCAUCUCCGACAAUACCUCUAGCGUCGGCGUCGGCAUCCGCGUUGCCUGCAUUCGCACCCAGCGCCGGCUCGCCUGCUGCUGCAACAGUUGGACGCUCGCGACGUGUGUCCAUCUCUCUGGCUGGCGUGCGCUCUGGCUCGGUGCUGAGUCGUAGCAUCAACAUUACGAGCGAAAUGGAGGCUGCGGGCAUUCUGGACGAUGUUGUUGAGCCAGAAAUGCUCGCGUUGGACCAUCCCGUGCUCACACCUUUCGAUGCGGCAGGGGUGGAUUCGGGGACAAUCUCGCCUCAAGUCGCCCUACGCAAGCUUCGCGGCAACACAGUCCCGUAUUCAACAGCGAUGCGGCUUUGGGGUGAAGAGCAGACGACACGGCAGGAAGUCUGGGAUUCGACCGAGAUUCUCGACGCCACAACAACGACUACAACUACAACCACAACAACAACCACGACGGCAACAGCCACAGCAACCGCAACAACAACGAAUGCCACCGCGUCCAAUCCACGACGCCCAUCUGCCUCUCGCCUGAGCCAAAUCUCUGCCAGCCACACAAGUAACAACAGCGGAACUUCCAGUCCUUCAAGCGCAGGCCGCCAGCCUGCUCACCUACUGGACGCUGCUGCGCGUCGGUCCUUGUACCAAAACAGCCGGACACGAUCCCCACCGAGCAAUACUGCAGUCGCAGGUUUGUCAGCACGCCCUCGGAAAACCACGAGCGAAGAUUCGCAGUCGAGCGUUAACAGCGAUUUUAUGCCCGAAUCGCACGACAUCCGACGCGCUUCGUCUCUCCUAAAACUGGCUGCCGCGGGCGCUGCUAGUAUUAAUAACAGCACCUCCUCUGUCACAUCGGAAAGCUUCUCGAGCUCUUUUACCUCCCGCAAGACAGUCCAUCGCGUUAUUGCAGACUUCCGUGUCCUCGGCGUGUUGGGCCAUGGCGGUUUCAGCUCAGUCUAUUUGGGAAUACACGAGGCGGAUGCGAAUCGCAAAGCGGCCAUCAAGCUCCUGGCCGAGUCGCGCAGAACAACGCAAGGACGUGACGCGUUUUGGAAGGAGCUCUAUGUCAAUCUACAGUGCGAAACACACCCCAACGUUGUGGCCAUGAUGGAGCCAACGUGUCGGCUACGAGACGGCGCAGUUGCGCUCUUUUUCGAAGUCUGCGACAGUGGCGAUGUGUUUGAGCGGUUGGCAAACGGCAUUGUCGACGUCGAUCACGUUCAGCGCUACUUUACCCAACUCCUCUCCGCCGUUCAGCACUUGCAUGCCCGUGGAGUGGCACACAUGGACAUCAAGCCUGAAAACAUGUUCCUCACAGCCAACGACUCGAUCAAACUGGGCGACUUUGGGCUGUCCGUGUGCAUCGAAGACGGCCCGGCAUUUGGCGUGCGCGGAAGCUCGUGUUACAUUGCGCCAGAGGUGGUUGCUAGCUGCAGCCUCGAGCUGUACAGACUCUUUUAUGGGCGAGACGCCACGCCCCCGCUCGUGUCCCUUCUCCAACUCACACAGACGCCGUCCCCGGCUCCUCCGGCGCUUGUGGAGCUGACGGUUGACCAACGCAUAGUGUACGACGCCAAACACGCCGACAUGUGGUCUUGCGGCAUUGUGCUGUUCCUCCUCAUUGUCCAGAACAUGCCGUGGCAAAGGGCGCACCCGUGCUGUCCUCGGUUUGCCAACUUUAUCGACGGCACCUAUCUGACCGACAAUCCCUGGGAUUGUUUCCCAGAUUCAAUCUUGCGUCUCUUUGCCUUGAUGCUUCAAAUUGACCCAUCGCAGCGCGUUUCUGCCGACCACGUCCUGGUCUACUUGAGCGACCAUCCUGAUAUCUUUGACGCGUUGGACGAGGAUAUCGAUGGCGAGUCUGACGACGGCUUGAGCAGCGGAUAUGGCCCAGCUGAAACCGACACAGACCCAGACCCGCGUACGCCCUUGGGGACUUGCGCAGAUUCGUCGCACAAUUUGGAGUGGUUUAUCAACGACCACUUUGCACGCCUUGACGAGAACGAUGCGUUUCCUACAGCGGAAAAUGGUCUUUUCCGUCAAGAGUCGCAGUUGAGUAAUGCGUACGAGUAG